CCGUGCGGCUAAUAUCAUCGCGGUGGCUGGUAGCCUCGCGUUGAAAAAUUUUCGUGACAAGACAGCGACGGGAAAACAACGUAUUAGAAAGGCGUGUAGGCAAGUGCACACACACGCGUAAUUCAACUUCGCCGGGAUGCGAUACCGCAAGAAAAAGGCUCGAAUAGUAUAAAAGGGAUGUAUUCUAUCCGAACUGCAUCAGUUUCAGUCGCGAACCAACCGUCGCUACACAUUACAUUGCACUAGCAACAUGAAAUUUCUCAUUGUUCUUGCUAUCUUCGCUUUGGCAUCUCCCUUGUAUGCCCAAUCCGAGGAAAAGGUAAUCGAGAAGAGAGGCAUCAGCUAUGGUUUGGGAGGUGGCUUAGGUCAUGGAGGUGGCUUAGGUCAUGGAGGAGGACUUAGUAGUGUAUCAUACAGCGUUCCGGUAGUCACCAAAAGCAUCCGUAUCUCUAGCGGUGGAUUUGGAGGAUAUGGUCUUGGAGGACAUGGUCUUGGAGGACAUGGUCUUGGAGGACUCUCCAGAGGACACGGUGGAUGGUGAAAAAGCCAGUGUUAACUGGCUGAUCUGAUUUCUGAUCUUAUGGUAUUGCGUCUUUUCACAUAUUUUAUGGCGAAAGGAGCUUUUGUACUGCAAACCAUAAAAU